AUGUUACUAUGUCGUGAGUUUCUAGUUGCUGCGAUUAGAGAACUUAAGCCUACUUAUGACUCUCUUGGUGUUUUGUCUGAGUAUAUUAAUUUGUUUAAAGAUGAGAUAGAUAGUGUGAUUGCGAUUAUUUUACAGGAGUCUGAGAAUAGUAAUGCUUAUGGAAACUUGUUGUUGGUGUACCUUUUGAAUGAGUUGAUGGUAAAGGGUAAGAUAGAGAAGAACUUGUUGAAGGUAGGUAGGCAGGUGUUGAAAACGGGUCAGCAGAAAGUGCAGGAGGUAGAGUUGGGAAGUACUGAGGGAUUGAAGAAGUCGGCGCGGGAGUUGCAGGGUAAGUUUGGCGAGAUAGAGAAGCUUUGGAGUAAAGCGGCUAAAAGUAAAGAGAAAGAUAGGACUGGGCUGGGUAGUGAUAAGAAAGUUAUUGCGGGUGAGGAUAUGAUAGAUAUUGAGUACUUAGAAGACUUGUGCCGUAAAAAGGAUAGAUCCAGGAUUUGGGAGUAUAUCAAUAGUUUAAUAAAAUCAUAG